AUGCCGUCUUCUGCCUUUGAGAACCUGCUCGCUCUGCUCGACGCCCUCCGCGAUGCCACUCUCUCGGCCGACGCCAACAUCGAUCCCAAGGCCGUCGCCACCGACAUCGCCGUCGUCGUCAACAACGACCUGCAUCCCGAUGAGAGGGACCUGGCUCACUCGGUCCUGUUCGAUCCCGAGCGCGGCCUCCUGCGGUUCCUCCAGAAGACAAGAGGCCAGAAGAUCUUUGAUCCUGCGAAAAUCCUGCUCUUGGAGUUCACGGCCGAGACCCUCGCCAAGCCCUGGAGCCUGAGUGCCUAUCUGGCCGACAUCAAGAGCGGCUGCCUCGCCGUACUCGUCUCGCCGCAAGAGUCGACCAAAGUAAAGCAGGCGGCGUUUGGCCCCUUGCUUGCUAUCUUGACAUCGAAGCAUCUCUCGAUCGAUGGAGCCGAUUUCGAUGUCGCAGGGCUGUACGAGAGGCUCUGGCGAGAGUACGUCACUCUCAACAAGAAACUCUCGGCGUCAGUUCGGGCUGGUCUCUUCCAGGUGCUGGCUUGCAUCGUCAAGCAACACAGUCAGCGACUCGACCAGAGGAAUGUCUUGGCCUUCUAUCGUUCGUUGGUCCAGACGACCGAGCGACAGCUCUUCGAUGUGCACACCAUUCCUGAAAUGCCUCUCGUUGUCGGCUCCCUGCGUGCCCUCGACUCGAUCCUCCACAUCCGCCCCGUCCCCGAUCCGAAUUACGUUGAUGUCGUAUACCGAGUAGUCCGACACGUCGUCGCCCCCAUCGACGAUCUCAACCGCUACGAUAUUCCCAAGGCCGGCCUCGAGAUUCUCGUCAAUCAUGGCGACCUGUUUGCAGAGCGUCUCUUCAGCGACUAUCCCAGUAUCUACGCGAAUCUGAAGCAUCUGAGCAUCCACAAGAACCGAGAUGUAUCUCGUCUCGCAUUCCGUGCUCUCGACAAGUUCAUCGAGCAGAUCGCAACGGUCUUGAGCAUUCGCUCGGCUUCGAAGGAUCCCACUGCCGAAGAAUGCUUCUGGUUCUUUAUUACCGAAUUCACUGGUGUUUUGAGACGCGACCAAGUCGACUCUGACUCGGUCAAGCAGAUAUCCCUUGCUAUCCGCGGAUUCGGCAUCUUCGCAGGCCCAUCUCGCAACUUCCUGACCGAGGAGGACUGGCACGAGAUUCCGGAUCUGCUGAUGCGAAAGAGCUCUCUGCUGUUCUGCGAGGCCAAUACGUCUCUCAAUGAUACGCUGUUUCACUUGUCAUCGCUUGUCCAAGCCUUUGCAUCGAUCGCAAAGCAUAGCGACUCCAUCAGCGAGGAACUGUCGUUCAAGUUGGAUGGGAUCUCGAAUCUGCUCUUCCUUCACUUUCCCAAGCUCUCGAAUGCUCUCAAGUUCGAGAACAUGAAGAGCUUCAUCGAGCUCACUCGUGUUCUCUGCACGAAGCACGCUCGCGUCAAAUCGUUCUGGUCGACUGCAUGCUACAAGGCCCUGGUCUACACCAGCACCGAUGUCAUGGUCGAGGAACCUGCUGGUAUCGAGCAGGGCACGGACGGGCCCGUGCAUGCGUAUCAAGAGUACAUGUACUUUUGGAAAUGCCUGUUCAACCCUGCGUUUCACAGCACCGUUCCUGACGAGGAGAGCGACGCCUUUCUGGAUCAAAUCUACGACGAAAUCAUGUGGACUAUCCUUCGACUCUUGCGUGGUCUCAAUCUCGAGGCCUUUGAGCGCAUUCCGGACGACGAAACCGGCACUCCGAUUUCCAUGCGGGUCAAGGAUUUGCCUGGACUCACAGGCUCCUCCAGUGACCUGACGCACCUGCAACCAAGCCGUCCAAAAGACUUUUCCAUCUUUGUCAACCUGGUGGAAUUUGCGCGCCUGUUUAUUGCCGAUGUGGCCACGGAGCGCUUUCACAGGUGGGUGGAUGUCUUUGGCGAGCAGCUCAUGGCGCUCUCGGUCCAACACCCGCUCGUUAGUGGCUUCUACAAGCUCCUUGCAAGCUGCCUCCGGCAUAUCAAGCAGAUGGGACCUCUCCAGCCCCAACACGCAUCAACGGAUGGCCAUCGGGCACACUUUUCCCGGUACCUGUCCGAAGUCCCCCAUCGAUGCCUCCAGUACAAGGACGAUCUCCUGGUGUCCUGUCUUGAACUACUGCUCUAUGCUCCGUGGGGUUUGGUUGAUGCCAAGAGUCUGUGCCAGCCGCUCCGAGUGGCUCUGAAGCUCGGCCUGACCUACAGUUCCAUGGCUCUGGCCGCUAUCGAAUGUCUUGAAAUGUGGUCCGCCAAGCUCGAGCCCGAGAACCGCGAGCAUUGCUUCCGUUUGGUUCUCCCUGGACUGCUGGACUACUUGCGCCUCGACGCGGGCGAGUCACUUGUUGAUCUGUCCCAGUCCAAUGACUCUGGUCCAAAGAACGCAGCAGAGAUUGAUUUGUUGAUGCCUGGGUCGAGGAAAGCUGGAGGCACGACUGCAUCAAGCGGUAAACUUGCCAAGGGCACCAUCAGCACGCAUUCCCAGGCACUUCGACGGCGCAUCUUGACCCUCCUGGGCAGCCUCGGCGAACACAGCGUGCUUGCGCUGUCCGAGAGCGUGGACCCAGAAUCACUGAAUCCGUGGGACUCGGAGAGCAGGAUUCGGCUCCGAUUCCCGUUUGAGGAUGUGAAUGUGGAUGUGCAUCUCGAUGACCUGCUGCCCCGCAUCGCCGAACUCGCUGAAAAGUCCCCCGAUCGCAAAACCAAAGUUGCUGCCUGUGAGCUCCUCCACGUCAUUGUCAUCUGGAUGGUCGGCAAGACUGCGACGGCGCCUCACGACAACGGAACGGAGCCAUCCAAGUCGCCGUUUUACCAGAUUCAAGUCAAGAUCUUCCCGAUCCUCCUCCGCCUCGCAACCGACAUUGACCACUUGGUUCGAAGCAUGUUCCACGCUCUUGUCCACCAGCUCAUUCACUGGCUCGCCCGCGGGCAGAUGCGCGAAAACACCGAGGCCAUGGCAAUGCUGCAAACCUGCCUGGACGCCACUCUUUCGGAUGAUGGGGCGCUCCGCGACAUGGGCGCGGAUUGCACCCUUGAGUUCUUUGAGUGUUCGCUCAAAACCAGCGGAAACAAGGUCGACCGCAAUACCGACAGCGGUGUCCAAUCGCUGUUCACGAGGCUCUACGAGUACUGCAAACACUCUAACGUCAACAAGAGGCGCGGCGCAUCGCUCAUCUUCAAUCGGAUCUAUCGGGCCUUCCGUGCAAGCAACAGCUUGGUGGAGCAGUUCACCUUUGAGCUUCUCUACCACUACCUCUGUAAUCUUCGGUUGUCUGCUGCCGAGACAGAAAGCAUUGGCACUUGGGAGCAAGCCGGGAUGGCCAUAGAUCAUCUCAAGAAGAUCCUGAUCAAGAAGCAUGCAGUGUUCAUGGUCCGCAGCAAAGUGCGUCGCCCGUUCCCUGGUUUGGAGAGCGACGAUCUUCCCUCCUUGAUCAACUGGCUCUUCCGCGAGACACGACAUACAGAGUCGGUCUAUGCCCAAAGAUGUCUGGAACUUGUGCUGGAUCUCGUUCCUGUGUUCUCGGAUGCACGCAGGUGGUUCGCCGGCCUGGUCAAGAAGCACCCCAGGCUUCUCGUCGAUAUAUAUGAAAAGUCGCUCGCAGUCCCGCCGGCUCGGCUACCGUGGUGCUCGAUCGCGUCCGAGCACCAAAAUGGAUAUCUGAUUGCGGCCCUGAAUGCCUACACCUCACUUAUCAAAACCGGAAUGCUCGCUCCUCAAAACCUCAUCGGUCAGGGCUACAGAGAACUUGUGGCUGCCUCCCAAGACUUCAUGCUGCGAUUCCAGACGGCAGACUUUGCGCCUGGAGAGGCUUUGAGCUCGGUUUCGCGAAACCGCGCCCGAGUCCUCAAGACUGAGACAGCGGCCAGGAUCAUCGCGCUGUCUGCUGCGAUCCUGGAAAGGCUCGACGAUGAUCACGAUCAUAGCGAGCUUGCUCUGCUGUUGUUUGGCGACAGCUUCUUGUACAUGCUCGCUCGCCUCGUUUUUGAAUGGACAGGCGACCUGCUGUUUGCCGACGCUGAAGGCAAGCAGUCCUUCGAAGCGACCCUUGCCAGUCUCCUCAGAGCAAUGCUCGUUCGUGCGCCUGUCAAGCAAAAGGCUCUCUUUGUCGAUCAUGUCACUGCCAUUGGCCGCAUCCCCAAGCUCGUCAGCGAAGCGGACGCAACUCUCGAGAGCGAGUCGUCCGAACUACACACGACCCUCCAAAGCGUUCAGGGAUGGAAGACUCUGUGGUGCUGCGGCUGGCAGAACGAGAUCAUGGAGAAACACAAGAUUUCCUCGCAGGCACUGUUCGACAAUAUCUGGAGCAUCGUCAACAAACGCACUCACCAGAGUCUCAGUAUUUCGCAGCGCCAGCUCCUCGAAGAACUGGUGGAUUGGAUGACCAAGAGCCUGGACGCUCGCACGGUGCUGUUUGAGAACGUUUUGGAGCCAUCGCAAGACAAGCGUGAUCUUUGCCAACAGUUCCCGAGACAGAUCCAUAUGGCAAUGGCAACCCACUUUGACGAGUUUGUGCUGGCAUCUCGCCGAUCCUCGGCGGUUGAUCGAGUCUUGGCGAUACUGCAAGACCUCGGGACCUAUCUUAUCAACCAUUGCACCCAUAUGGAGUCCGAGAUCGCCGACUGGUUUGCUGAGGUGUCCCAGCGAAAGGACUACUUGGAUUCAAUCGCCGACAAAGUCGCCUCCUUCCGGCCCGAUCUUGUCCACACCUUGGUGUACACUUGGAAGCGCUUCUUGUUUCUGUCGCACAAGCAAGCACACCGUAUCGAUGUCGAGGCCGUCCACUCCGUGCUGUUCGCCGGUAUCGCUGUGGGCCUCCAGUCCAGCGUUCCACUCUCGAUCAAAGUCGAGGCCUUUGAGGCACUGCCGUCAUUUCUUCGGCCGUCACCGAACCAAUCGGCCUAUCUAUCGACGAUCGAAAAGCUCCUGCACCAAACGGUUAUGAGUCAGCUCCCGGUCAACGCCUCCGAGCUGGCGGAGGGGUCGGCUGGCCGUGAGGAAUACGACAACGCUGCCCUGAAUCUGCUCUCCGUGUUUGAGUCGUCCGGCGCCCUGUGCGUAUUUAACCCCCUCAGCUUCCACAUUUGUCGGCAGACGCAGUACCACCUUGCCGACAGCGUCAAACAGGCGGUCUCCAAGGCAGCUCACCUCGUCCCGUGCAUGCAGUUCGCUGACAUGUGCUUCAGCUACUGCUUCGACGGCGACAUUCCCUCGGCCAAUCGGCGCACUAUGGUCACUCUCAUCCUUGUUCCGUUCCUGACCGCGAUCAAAUCGGAGGACUUGUCCCAGGUCUUCCAAAAGUACAUUAGAGUGAUAUCCCGGAGCUUCAACAAAUCGCUUCCCUCGCGCCUGACGGACAUCAAGCCUUACCUGAUUGAAAAAUCCUCGGCCUUCGACUUAAUGACCAUAUCCUUUUGCGAUCUCUUUCCUCCCGAAGUCUUCCAAGAGAGCCUUCACGGACUGUUUGUGGAGUUUCAGCAGUGUGCAUACAAUGCUCUGGCCGCAUCAACGAUCAAAACUCAAAAGAAGAAAUCGUACUACGAGCUCUUUUUGUUCACCGACGACCACGCCAAGGGCGAGUUUGUCUGGAAGAACAUUGUCGAUACGAAGACUGCGAUCAAGGACAUUGCCUAUCUCUCGUCUCAGUUUCUGAUGGACAGCAGCCUGGCGAUGUCGUUCGGCAUGUUUAUCGAUCCAAAUGUACCAGAUGUCGGCGAUGACAUAGCACCCGCGCUGCACAACGACCCUACGGCAGCGCUGGCCAGGACCCAGGCUCCUAUCGAGCUGUCGGCAGCGACCACUCCAUCAAACGUCCACGCGCGAAUAAGCGACAGCUCUAUCAUUGAGAUGGACGAUCUCAACAAGCACCCGUGCAUGCCUACGAUGAUGGCCGUACUCCAGAAACUUCACGAGGAAAUCACCCCUCCGCCGCCCCCGUCGACAGAGCGCACUCUGAACGCGCCGUUGCCCAAAUGGAUGCAGAAGCUGCUCGAGAAGAUACAGCCAGGCAACUGGUGGGGUCCUCUCGUUCAAGUCAUUUUGUCCAGCAAAGAGUAUGGAGAAGGCAUCACAUAUUUUGUUCAGGAUCUGCUGAUACAACUGAUCACUUGGAUCGACGACAAUGGCUUGACUCCUGAAGACAAUGCACCCAACAGAAAGCUCGUGUCGCUGCUCCUGGCACAUCUGACAGCCCAAGCCGCCCACAAGUCCAAGCAUGUUAUCAAUGGCAACCUGAAGCUCAUGCGGCCGUUCGUCGAGAAAUGGGGUAGCCUUCUGACUGCGCCCUCGGCCGAGAUGAGGCAAUUGAUCACCAGCGACCAAAACAGCUCAGCCAUGUGCGGGCUCUACAUCCUGUCGAUGCUGCUUUCGAAUCGACGCGAGGCGGCGUGCUCCCGCGAAGAAACAACGCUUUUGCUGCGUGCCAUCACGAGCCACUUCACCGCACGGAGCCAGGAGCUGCUGCUGGUGGCAUCGCAUGUGGCUGGCCAGUUCCUGGGCUUCUACAAGCAACACGAUCCGACGUUGUUUGAAGAGUCGCGAAAAUGGAUAUGCAAACAGAUCGACGAAACCGGAACCAGCGAGACAGAUCGAUGGGUAUCCAUCAUCGCAUCGAUAGCCAAAAACAGCCCUGAGAUCGUGGGACAUUACUACCGCGAGCUGUUGUUCAACUUGCCCAAGCUACAGGGGCGAGCGAAAGCCCACUGCCUCGAAGCCCUGGGCGCUGCAGCAGCCGAUAUCCCCCUGUUGUUCCAAGAACUGCAGGGCAAGAAUCUCCUGGCCUUGAUGACAUACCGCGACGACGAGUGCCAGAAACUGACGCUGAUGAUCUUGUGGAAGCUAGCCUCAAAUCUAGCCGACGAUGACAUUCUGUUCUUCUUGGAACCAGCCCUCCAGCUCUUCCAACGUCAUCCAAACGAACCGACAAGACAUGCAUUCUACUAUCUUGUGGUGGAUCUGCACCGUGCCUUCUCGAGCGACGGUCCGCAUGGCCCUAGACACAGUCAGAGCGGCAAAGGCGGGCAAAUCUAUGAGUUGCUUAAGAAGGCCAUGCUGCAGGGGCUGGGCGACGACGACGAAUCAGUUCGUACCGGACUGAUCGAGUACAUACACAGGGAUCUGAUGGGGUCGUCCACAGUCUUCAAGCAUCUCGAGACGCUGUUCAGCUCUCUCUAUUUCACCGAGGCCGAGGAUUCCUAUCUGCACUAUGCCGCCUAUCUGCUUCUGGAAAAGACCAAAGCCUCUCCGCAGAUCACCGAAGUGCUGUUUCCCGAUGGAUUUCCGAGCGCAACGUUCCGAGAACUUGCGCUGGAUACCUCAUGGACCAACAGCGCGACCAUGAGGCCGCUGUUUACGACGCCCAGGACCCAAAUCUCAACACAGCACGUCGUCGGAGGAUCGUCCAUGGACCGAACGGACACACAGCCGACUCUGGGAUUUUCGCUCACGGCGGACGCCGCGGAGCUGCGAACGCACCUUGUCACCCCGCCAAUCAUCGACGACAAGACGCAGUGGGCCAUUCAAAGCCCAAGUCGUCUCGGCGAGCUUCGAAAGAGAAACUAUGUCCACGAUGAACAACAAACCGUCACGUACUUUUCGAAGCAGGCAGAGCGCUUGCGCAAAUCUCGCUGGCGCGCCAAAGCCUAUCAGCGGGAUCGCAUCCUUAAAUCCGUGGCGCUUGCACGCAAAUACCGCAUCGGAGAUCUGCCGGAUAUCCAAAUCACCUUCCUCGACAUUAUUCGUCCGCUGCAGAACCUCGUUCAGCGCGAUGCAGAGAUCAGCCAGAUGCUCUUUGCCAACCUAGUGACGGCUCUCACCAAGCUCUGCCCACCUGAGGAGCGACUCGAGGAAGAACUUGGCGCACACCUGAACCGCAUGAUCCGGUCCUCCACGCUGUUCUCCCACUCAGAAAACCAAAUUUCCAAUGUUGCCGCAGCCCCAGCUCCGAAGCGGCAGAAGCGCCAUGCCGAUGCGCCACGACCGUUUUCGCAAUGGAAACAGGUCGCCAGACUCUUCCGAAACCUGGGCUCAGUCGAGAUCUACCAAGGCAUACAUGAAGAGUAUCUGUGCUCGCACCCCGCAAUCAAAGCCGCGAUCUCGGCAGAGACCCUUGGGGACUUCACCCACGCGCUGCGGCUCUAUCAAGAGAUCACGGACCAACUUGGAUCAGAAGAUAGUUCCAAGCUGCCCGAGGAUGAGUACAGCUAUAUGGCAAGUUGCGACAUCCUCUCGCAGGGCCAAGUCGAAUGCAUGGCAAAGCUCGGCUCUUGGGAUCAUUUGGCCGCCACGGUCGAGAGAGAUCUCCGAGAAUACUGCGGCUCCUUCAACACACAUGUGCUCUGGGAUGAUCCGAUCCGCGAGCCAUACCUGCGUCUCUUCAUACGAACGUUUAUCCGCCUCAAGACUGGGUACAGAUCCUCGAGCUUGGAUACUGGCCAGAAUGCAGAUGUUGAGAUGUUUGUCGAAUGGAGCAACGAUCAUCCCAAUCCGCUCGUCGGGUUCUUGGAACGCGAGAUAGCGGAUCCAGCAAACCAACUGUAUCUCGAAAAGUUCUUCUCGACCGAGCUGGCUGUAAAUGCCCUGAACAGCAACAACCCGGCUGCAGCCCGGUACUUUGUUGCUUCGGCGUAUGACCAAUGGCUGAAGGACUUUUCGCAUAUUGGAGGCCACGCCCAGACCAUCAAACGCCAGCUCAUGAACCGUCUGCAGGUGAUCGAGGAGAUUCAGGAGGGUCUGGAUCUGGUUCUCAACAUCCCGCAAGCCCAGCCCAUAGAGGCGCUUGAGAACCUGCUCCUUCAGUGGCAGAAUCGCUAUCCGUCAAGAAUUACAGCUCCGCUGGAUACCUGGGAUGAUCUGGCGACUUAUCGCCAGCACAUUAUGCAGUGGAUGACGACGAGCGUCAAGGGACAGAUCGCGGACCCGCAGCAACUCGAUGACAUACUCAGGAAGCAUGAGCGUCAGUUUGCCUUUGAGAUGAUCACUGUUGCCGCCCGCCGUAAAAACUUUAGCCUGGCCAUGUCGUGGCUGGAGCACAUACACUCCGGACAGGCAGCGGCGAUCGACAUCUUCGAUGAGGACUACUACUAUCAACUGUUCAACACGACACUGCUCGAGAUUGAAGCCCGACCCGCCGGACAGGACAUGCAACAAACCGCGACCAAUCUGCUUCUGAACUUUCUGUUCUACCAGGAACACAUUGAGCGUCUCGAUGGACCCAGCAAGCGCCGGUUUCAGUUGCUGGAGGGCCGCUUCUUUUCUUCGCUCUCCAGCGCCAUGACGACUGAUGCAGCCUCGGCUGUUGACGCUAAGGCCUUGAAGCGGAAAAUCGUCCGUCGGCACUUUGGAACGCUUGCGUCCGUGGACGACUUGACUCCGCUGGCGGUCCAGCGCGCCUUCGAUCUCCUUUCGGCGGCGGGAAAUGCCACGGACAACGCCGCCCGAGUCGAGCAAAAGAUGCACUUGGCCUCGCAUUGCGAUGCCGUUCUGCGGUUCCAUGAGCUCCAAGCCAAUUCCGAUGACCAGGAGAUGGAAACGACCGUCAUCGAGCAACACAAAUGUGUUCUCGCUGCCAGUAUACUGGACUCGAUGGCCCUUGGCUCCGAAGAAGCCAUAUCGCAGUUUCCACGGCUCCUGGAGUUCCUCGGCUCAGCAAUGUUUCAAGCAGACUUCAAGAAACGGAUCACGAUAGUCCCGUCAUGGAUGUUCCUUCGUUGGCUUCCGAAUCUCACAGCGAUCUUUGACAAGCCCGCGGGACACACAAUCACGCCGAUUUUGAUGGAGGUUGCGAAGGAGUAUCCCGAAGCUCUCCGCUAUCCCUUGAACAUAAGCAGCGAUCAAUACGCAUUUGACGAGAGCACCAAACUAGGCAGGGUCCAAAAGGCGGCUCAUGCGCGUCUGAAGGAGAUGAUCCGAUCAGAACUUGCCGACCAGCUGCUGAGGGAACUCAAGCGGCUGCAGGAGCCCAUCCAUGUGCUCAAGGAGUGGAUGGAGCGGACCGAGCUGUUUGCGCGAGAUAAUACCGAAAAGAUCACACGCCUGUGUGGCAAGGACGGCUCGAAAAUCGCCGAGAUGACAGCAGACGACUUUAAAAAGAACGUUGUUCGCUUCAAAGGAUUCGAGCAGCGCGAUUUGCAAGGCAAGAGCGGCUCGGGGGUGCUCAAAAACUACUCGCGAUGGCUGGAGGAGUUCCACUCGAAUAACUACGAUGAGACUGUGGAAAUUCCCGGGCAGUAUCAUGGCCGACAACGUCCGAACCCGUCGGAGCACGUUACGAUAACAAGCUUUUCAUCCAAGCUUCUGCUUUUGGCAUCGAUCCGCAAGCCCAAGCGCUUGAUUAUCAAUGGAAGCGACGAAAAAGAGUACCCCUGGCUCGUCAAGGCGGGUGAGGAUCUGCGUCUCGACCAGCGAAUCCAGCAAAUCUUUGGAAUCAUGAACGGCAUCCUCAGGAAAAACCAAUACUGUCUGAGCCAAAAUAUGUCGAUCCACACGUACAAGGUUGUGCCCAUGAACACUGGCCUCGGCAUCAUCGAGUGGGUCAACAACACCAAGCCACUCAGACAAUGCAUGGCCGACAUUCCUGGAUUCAACGACGAGCUCAAGAGGGCCAAGGACAUAUUCUUUGAUUCUCUCAAAAAAAUGGGCGGCAGCUACGAAAUCGCCGCCUACACCACGGCAUAUAGACGGGUCAAGGCCGAUGGAUACACCAGAAACAUGCAGCAGCUCUGGGGAUGCUUCUCCAAGCCCUACCUCAAGGAGAGCCUUCUGCUCUUGUGCAAGUCGCCCGAGGCCUUUUUUGCGCUGCGCUCGCGCUUCAGCCAGACGCUGGCGGCCUUCAAUAUUUGCUCGUACUUGCUCGGCAUCGGGGAUCGCCACUUGGAAAACUUUUUGAUCAGCCAAAAGAGCGGCGAGGUGAUCGGAAUCGACUUUGGCUUGGCAUUCGGAUCCGGUGCAGAGAACCUGCCGAUUCCCGAGAUUGUCCCCUUCCGGGUUACCAAGCAGAUGGAGCGAAUGAUGGAGCCCCUCGGUGUCAAUGUCCUGCUCAAGAUCCCGAUGGUUCACGCAAUGACCGCAGUGCAAGAUGAAAAGCGAGCAUUGGUGACGGCCCUGGAUAUCUUUGCCAAGGAGCCCAUCGUCGAGUGGCGCAAAUACGCCAAGGCUCAAAUCGAAAAGCAAAAGCGAAGAGGAAAAUACUCCAGUGCGGAGCCAGAUCUAUCGUCGGAAGACUCCAUCGCGGCAGUGCCGGCCUGGUAUCCAAAGCAGAAGAUCCAGACGGCCAUCCGCAAACUGAACCGCGAUCCCCCGCUCGACAUUUUGCUUGAAGAGCUGGCCCGCGGCCAUCAAGAGAAGGACUGGUUCAAGGCCCUGUGUCAAGGACUGCUGGAAACACAGGAGCAGCCCGCCAGCAGCCGACCAGAGGCCCCCACGGUCGAAGCGCAGGUGUCCAAGCUCCUGUCGAUGGCGACCGACCCCAACAUUCUCGGCAGGGCUUACUUUGGCUGGACAUCGUUCCUUUGA